AUGGUGGAAAUUAGAAUUAUUCCAGAAAGUGUGGGAAACCUAUGGAACAAAUGGAACCUCCGACUCCUGGUCCUCUGCAGCCUAUGCUUACAAACUGUCCUAGUGGUGUUGGGAAGCCGAAGAAAGUACAGCGCUAAAACUUGGAUCAGAAUCGUCAUUUGGACAGCGUACUUAUCAGCGGACUGGGUUGCUACUGUCACGCUUGGAAUGAUAUCCAGCUUCCAAGUAGACGAUCAAGAAAGCUCCCCACAUCCAAACAACCAUACCAUUAUGGCUUUCUGGGCGCCAUUUCUUCUCGUGCACCUUGGCGGUCCAGACACCAUCACUGCUUACGCGUUGGAGGACAAUGAGCUUUGGUUGAGGCACCUGCUGGGUUUAGUUGUCCAGGUUGAAGUGGCUUUUUUCAUCUUUUUAAGAUACUGGACGCCGAGCACGUACCCCCUCUCAUUGCUAGCAAUACCAGUAUUUGUUGUUGGACUUACCAAGUAUGGAGAGCGGACUUGGGCCCUGCGGUCUGCAAGCAGUGGAACAUUGCGUGACUCCUUGCUCCCUGCUCCGAAUCCAGGUCGUGGUUAUGCCAAUUAUGCAGCUGAAUAUAGCGCUAUCAAAGCUCGAGGAGAUGAGGUUGCAAUUGGAAGUACAGGUGGUGAAGGUAUUUUUCGUGUUGGGCGGAUCAAUCCUGUUAUUUCCGAAGCCAGAUAUCUCCACGAAGCAUUUGAAUUGUUCGACCUCUUUAAGCGCCUUUACGCAGAUCUCAUCCUGGACUACAAUGAUCGCAAUUGCUGCAGUGAAGUGCUUCAGGGUCAUUCACCGAAAGAAGUCCUCAAAGUAAUAGAGGUUGAGCUUGGUUUUGUUUAUGAUGUGUUAUACACAAAGGCAACUGUUGUGUAUUCUCGCCCGGGUAUUAUUUUUUGCUUCAUCAACCUUCUUUGCUCCAUUUCCACACUUGUAGUCUUUGCCUCUGUUGUUGAUAAGCAUUUUUAUUCCACCGUUGAUAUAACUCUCACCUACUUAUUGUCUGCCGGAGCCAUUGCUCUUGAGUUGUACGCCAUCAUUGUACUAAUUUGUACAGAUUGGACACUCCAUUGGUUAAGCAAGCGGACGCACUCACUUGCUUCUCGUGUCUAUCAAGCAAUCUCUUCCUUUAGAUCAAGCUGGGGCUACGACAAAAAUUGGUCUGAAUCCGUGGCACAAUACAAUCUCAUCGAUUUUUGUUUCAAAGAGAAUCCCCCGAAGUGUGCUAGAAUUCUCAAACUCCUUCACAUCUAUGACAUGUUAGAGAAAUAUUGGUACACAGCCAAGGAGGAUGUCCCUACUGAGAUGAGAGAGCUUAUUGUUGCGCAACUCCAAGAUGCUCAAAGAGAAAAUGUUGCAACCAGUGAAGUCUUGGAUUGGAGAGGCACUCAUGCUCUUCAAAAGAGUAACUGUAUCGAAAAGUUUGGUUGGAGUGUGGAAGAAGCUUCAUUAGACCAAAGCAUUCUUCUAUGGCACAUUGCAACAGAUUUAUGCUUCAACAAUGAUCUUGAAAGUAUAAAUCAAGAUCCAUCUCUAAUUAGUUCCAAAUCCAAGGUGAGCAAGUUGUUCUCAAAUUAUAUGAUGCACAUUCUCGUCUUCAGCCCCUUCAUGUUGCCAGAGGGAAUUGGGCAGAUUAGGUUUCGUGACACGUGCACAGAGGCCACAGAGUUUUUUGAAAAGAGAAGAGAAGUCAUAACCAAAGGGGCAGGCCAUGCCAGGCAGGUUUUGCUUGAGGUGAACACGGAGUUAGUUCCGGCAAUGGUGAUUGGUGAUAGAAGCAAGACAGUGUUGUUUGAUGGGUGUAGGCUUGCAAAACAGUUGAUGGCAUUGGAAACCGAGGAGGGAAAGAGUAAUGAAGAAAAAUGGGGGAUAAUAAGCCAAGUGUGGAUAGAGAUGUUGUGUUACGCAGCAAGUCAAUGCAGUUGGAAGGAGCACGCGCAACAGCUUAGGCAUGGAGGAGAGCUUCUUACACAUGUGUGCCUUCUCAUGGCAAAUCUUGGUUUCAGCCAACAGUUUCAGAUCAAACAAGGCACACCAACAGUAACUCUUUCUGCUAUUAGCAAGCAACCCUAG